AUGCCUUCUCAAGAAAUUGUCGAUUAUGAGCGCAAAAUGACUAGAAGAGUGCUAUGGAAACUUGACUGCCAUGUCCUUCCUCCUUUGGCCCUGCUGUGGCUUGCGAAUUUCAUUGAUAGAAGCAACGUCGGAAACGCAAGGAUCGCGGGGUUGGAGACAGACACUCAUCUACACGGUAAUCAGUUUAAUACAGUGCUCGCUGGUGCCUAUAUGCUGGUUGAGAUGCCCUCGAACUGGAUCCUAAAGAAGCUGGGAGCAAAUCGUUGGCUUCCCAUCAUCGUAUGUGCUUGGGGCAUUGUUACCACUCUAACGGGAUUGGUCCACAAUCUUGGUGGUAUUCUUGCAAUCCGAAUUGUGCUUGGAGCGUGCGAGGGUGGCCUUCUUCCUGGAAUGAUCCUUUAUCUGAGCACAAUAUACAAGCGGCAUGAACUCCAACUUCGGUGCGUACAUACAUUUAUAAUAGUGUAUCAUUCAUCAAUGUUUCAUAGUCUUCUUGCUACUGCAAUCCUCAAGAUGGACGGCAUCGGUGGCCUCGCAGGCUGGAGAUGGAUUUUCAUACUUGAGGGAAUCUGCACCAUCUUAUUUUGUCUCGUAGCUGCCAUCUACCUCCCCGCCGAUAUUGCUUCGGCCCGCUUUCUCACAACCGAAGAGCGAGAAUUUGCAGCACAAGGCACUGACGGCGAGAAGAACAGUGUCGAUAUCAAUGAGAAGGAGAAGCCGAGCGAAUUUCAUAGAGAAAAUGCAUCUGAGGAUCUAAUUUCGUCAAGGGUCACUCAAGAAGAAGAACAAUUCGAAUGGAAGGAAGUCAUGAGGGGUGUGUUAGAUGUACAGACUUGGUUAACAGGCUUUGCCUACUUUGGACUCAUCGUCAGUCUCUAUUCUUAUUCCUUAUUCCUUCCCACGAUUGUUGCGGGCCUGGGUUACACUGGCUCAGCGGCCCAAUUACAUACAGUACCUCCAUACGUUCCAGCGGUUGUGCUUACAGUAUUCAUCGCAUUCCUGAGCGACCGAUUCCGCUGGCGUGGGCCUUUCAUCUUAAUCUGUCUUCCUAUUGCUAUUGUUGGAUAUAUUGUUGCAAUCACUGCAGAGACGGACACUGGCCGAUACGCUGCUGUUUUUCUCAUGGCCACUGGAGUAUAUCCCUCCGGUCCUUCAAUAUUAUCUAUUCUCCCUAAUAACAGCAACGGGCACUACAAGAGGGCUACUACGACAGCAUUACAAUUGGCGAUUGCAAAUUGCGGGGGAUUUGUGGCAACCUUUGCAUAUACACCUGACCAAGCUCCAAAAUACAUUAGGGGGCAUACAAUCGUGCUCUGCUUUUUGAUAUUAGCCUGGAUUUUGAUAGCUGCGAACGUCUGUUACUGUCUGUGGGAAAACAAGGCCAGGGCAGAUGGUCGACGCCAACACAAUCUUAUCCAGUAUCAAGAAUUAUGGAAUUCAGGAAGAACCAGUGCGCCAAUCGGUGAUCGUCAUCCUGACUUCCGCUUCACACUAUGA